GGAGUCACACUGGCAGUGCUGGCUGUCGGGCGGUUGCUUUGCAAAGUCCUGCUCCAGAAAGGCUUGCAGCUUGCUACAAGCGAAGUGCAUCGAGGGAGAGACAAAGUAAAAUGAGGCUGUUAUUCGUCAUUGCCAUCAUCUGCACUCGUCUUACUGCGGUGCGGUCUCUGGUCUGUGAAGCCUGUUCGGGAGCGAUCUGCACACCACGAAAUAUAUUGUGUGCAGUUUCGGUCACCAAAUGCGGGAUUAUUUCGAGUACAACCAUCUUCGAUGGAGUACGGAGAGACAGUAUUAAGCAAGGAUGUGUCAUCAAUCUGAAUGGAACAUCUUUUACCUCUGGGCGCUUUUUUGCCUCCAAGCAAAGCAAGUCCUGUGACUCUAUCCCUUGUGAUACUCAGACGACUGCAGAUCCCGCCAAUAGGACCGAGAAUGGAUUGAAAUGUUUCGGGUGUUACAGGAGUAACUCCGCGGCCUGCACUGAAGUUCAGAAAAAGGUGAAAUGUGUGGGCCAGGAGAAUCGGUGCUUGACUGCAUCAGGCAAUAACUUGCUCAAUGGUGGCAUGGCCCUUUUCACCAAAGCCUGUGUUACUGAGAAUAUCUGCACACAACCUGACAAUUUGGCUGAAUUUUUCAUAUCCCUGAAGAUGCUCAGGUGCUGUGCUGGUGCUCUGUGCAAUAGGGAAACAGACGGUGCAGGUAGCAGCACAAGUACGAUUGGCACUCCAACUGCGGCUGCAACUAGCACUCCGACUGCGGCUGCAACUAGCACUCCGACUGCGGCUGCAACCAGCACUCCGACUGCGGCUGCAACCAGCACUCCGACCGCGGCUGCAAGCAGCACUCCGACCGCGGCUGCAAGCAGCACUCCGACCGCGGCUGCAAGCAGCACUCCGACCGCGGCUGCAACCAGCACUCCGACCGCGGCUGCAACCAGCACUCCGACCGCGGCUGCAACCAGCACUCCGACCGCGGCUGCAACCAGCACUCCGACCGCGGCUGCAACCAGCACUCCGACCGCGGCUGCAACCAGCACUCCGACCGCGGCUGCAAGCAGCACUCCGACCGCGGCUGCAAGCAGCACUCCGACCGCGGCUGCAACCAGCACUCCGACCGCGGCUGCAAGCAGCACUCCGACCGCGGCUGCAAGCAGCACUCCGACCGCGGCUGCAACCAGCACUCCGACCGCGGCUGCAACCAGCACUCCGACCGCGGCUGCAACCAGCACUCCGACCGCGGCUGCAACCAGCACUCCGACCGCGGCUGCAACCAGCACUCCGACCGCGGCUGCAACCAGCACUCCGACCGCGGCUGCAACCAGCACUCCGACCGCGGCUGCAACCAGCACUCCGACCGCGGCUGCAACCAGCACUCCGACCGCGGCUGCAACCAGCACUCCGACCGCGGCUGCAAGCAGCACUCCGACCGCGGCUGCAACCAGCACUCCGACCGCGGCUGCAACCAGCACUCCGACCGCGGCUGCAACCAGCACUCCGACCGCGGCUGCAACCAGCACUCCGACCGCGGCUGCAAGCAGCACUCCGACCGCGGCUGCAACCAGCACUCCGACCGCGGCUGCAAGCAGCACUCCGACCGCGGCUGCAACCAGCACUCCGACCGCGGCUGCAAGCAGCACUCCGACCGCGGCUGCAAGCAGCACUCCGACCGCGGCUGCAACCAGCACUCCGACCGCGGCUGCAACCAGCACUCCGACCGCGGCUGCAACCAGCACUCCGACCGCGGCUGCAACCAGCACUCCGACCGCGGCUGCAACCAGCACUCCGACCGCGGCUGCAAGCAGCACUCCGACCGCGGCUGCAAGCAGCACUCCGACCGCGGCUGCAACCAGCACUCCGACCGCGGCUGCAACCAGCACUCCGACCGCGGCUGCAACCAGCACUCCGACCGCGGCUGCAACCAGCACUCCGACCGCGGCUGCAACCAGCACUCCGACCGCAGCUGCAAACAGCACAUGGACGACAGCUAGGAACACCACAUCAACUGCAGCCCCAAAGAUCACAUCAAAACCAGCUGCGCUCUGCUGUCUUAUUUUUCUGAUGGCACUCAUGGUGUGAAGUGAUGCUGGAGUUUGCUUUGCUUAGUUUGCCCAGUCAUAGUGAUACUCUGAUUCAUUCCGAAUUAUAUUGCUUCGGAAAAGAAAAGGCAUUAGUUGAGCUGCUGGUGUCUCGGAUAUGAACCCUGCCAAAGUCUCUCUGUUUAUUCCCCUUCACCUGGCGCUGCUGCUACCCACCUCUCAAACUCACUUCACAUGUGGAGAGAAACAGAAAGAUCUCCCGAGCUUCGGUGCUGCAAUUCACAAGAACACAUGGUCACAUUUAACAUUGACUGGGACCAAUGGGAACUCACCCCACACAUUGUGAACAAGAUGAGGGGUGGGGUGGGCAAAUAGGAGAGAUAAAUGUUUUUUUUUUAUCCAAAUACAGAGGUUUCGAAGAUUCUUUGGUUUGUCUUGUGAUUGUUCACUGUAAUUCAUAUUUCUCUUUCUAUACUUCUUCCUCUGUUACUCUUUCUAAAUCUCCACCUCGACAUAUAUUGUCCUCUAUAUUUCCCCUCCUGCCAGCUUUCUACCUGUCCCUCUCUCUAAAUCUCCAACACUCUCUGUCUCUCUCUCUCUACGUACCCCCUUUUUUGGACCUCUUUAUAUUUCUCAAACUCUCUAUCUAUUUUUGGACAUCUCUAUCUCUCUCUGUCUCUCUUUCUACAUCUCAAUUUAUUGGUGUCUCUUUCAGUUCCCACAUUUUCUGUUCUUUCUUCCUCAGCUCUCUCUGAAUUUAAUCGUCAUUUCUCCCACUCUUUUUUUGUGCACUGCUUUGUUUUUUUUUGCUCCUCUUUAUCUCUUUUGCUCCGUCUCUACCCUCCCACAUGUUUUAAAUUUGCCUGCCUCGCUAGUCUGCUCUUUCCCGAUAGCCCUACCAGUGAUUCAUUGUUGAAUAUGUAUCCAGCUAUGUUUUGCACAUCACGGUUGAACCUGCUUCCACCACGUCUUUGGCAAUGCAUUCCGAAUCAGAACAACUCGCCAAAUAAUAAUAAUAACAAUAAAAUGCUACCAGUGUCUUCGGUUCUAAUGGGAACAAUGUUAAAUCUCUGUCCUCUGGUUAUUGGCCACUUCGCCGCUGGAGACAGUUUGUCCUCUUUAUUCUUGCAAAAACAGUUAGGACUUGGGACACCGAUUCCCGACCUUCCCUCCAGCUCUCAGGAUAAUAAUGUCACCAUUUUUAUUCUCUCCAUAGAACUGAAGUCGCUCACAAUUAGUGCUAUUCUGGUCAAUGUGUUCCUUAUCCCUUCUCGCUUGUUUUUGAUAAGGCACGGUCAUGGAAUUGUGGCUUUAUAACCUCUGCUGAAUUAGUAUUUAAUGUUUUGGUGAACAUCCUUUUUGAUAAUAAAAUGUCCUUGCCUUGUGCUUC